AUGGGAUGCUGCUUUUCACCACCAUGCCACGGCGUGGCGUGCUUUGCUGCCAACAGCACAGGCCCUAUCCUCUCUCCUGCGGACCAGAUCCGCCCUCCCGCGGACCAGAUCCGCCCUCCCGCGGACCAGAUCCGCCCUCCUGCGGACCAGAUCCGCCCUCCCGCGGACCAGAUCCGCCCUCCCGCGGACCAGAUCCGCUCUCCCGCGGACCAGAUCCACUCUCCCGCGGACCAGAUCCGCCCUCCCGCGGACCAGAUCCGCCCUCCCGCGGACCAGAUCCGCCCUCCCGCGGACCGCGGAUCUGGUCCGCGGGAGGGCGGAUCUGGUCCGCGGGAGGGCGGAUCUGGUCCGCGGGAGGGCGGAUCUGGUCCGCGGGAGAGUGGAUCUGGUCCGCGGGAGAGCGGAUCUGGUCCGCGGGAGAGUGGAUCUGGUCCGCGGGAGGGCGGAUCUGGUCCGCAGGAGGGCGGAUCUGGUCCGCGGGAGGGCGGAUCUGGUCCGCGGGAGGGCGGAUCUGGUCCGCAGGAGGGCGGAUCUGGUCCGCGGGAGGGCGGAUCUGGUCCGCAGGAGGGCGGAUCUGGUCCGCGGGAGGGCGGAUCUGGUCCGCAGGAGAGAGGAUAG